GUGCACAUAAUUUAGGGUCAAGAUGAGUGCUUUCAAUGAUUCUGAGGUUCAUCUUCUCACCUCAACUUGGGCCUUGGUUGAGGCUGAUCUGAGUAGCCAUGGAUUGAAUUACUUCCAAUAUCUCUUCACGGAGUAUCCUGAAGUUCAAGCCAAGUACUUUCCCAUGAUGAGCAUGAAUGAUGUGAUCAAUUUGGGUGCACACGGUAUCAAAGUCUUAAGCGAUGUUGGGAUAAUGGUUCGAUUUGUCAAGGAAAAGAACGAUUUGGAAUUGGUCACCAAAAUAAAUAAGGUCACGCAAAACCAUUGCAAGAAAGGUGUUGGGUUAGUGGGCUUCAAGGUGGUGACAAAGACUCUCCAUGAGUAUUUGGUAAUGUCUCUUGGAGCCAAUUUGACCCCUGAAGGUGGAAAAGCCUGGAAGAAGCUUUUGGACACGCUCUUGAUCGUUGUGGAACAAGAGCUGAACCGAAAAGAUGCGCAAUAGUGCUUAGGGUGGAGAGGCUACUCGCUUUCCGAGGGAUUAAUCGCUAACGGGGAUUAGGAUUCGAUUUGACGCUUGUCACACGAUUUCAUCGAUAUUUGACCAGGGCCAAUAAGUACUCUCAUCACUUGGUCAGUUUGAUCCUCUUAUGACCUCUUUCCAUAACACGUAGUCAGUCAGUUAUGUAGCAACUCAAUAGUCCAAAACAUAAUAUUAAAUGAUCCCUUAGCCGCUAAACAGCCCGUGGCUGCAUCCCUUUGGGUUCCUAGCGUUUUUGUCAUUCAAUUCAUAGCAAGAGACUCUAACUUGAAUCCAACUCACUUGCAUACAGCAGUAUGUCGGUAAAUUUAAAAGACUCUUUUGAGAGCAUUUUGUUCGGUCAACACGAUCUUGCUUCAACUUGAACAACAUGGAUUUCGGGAUCGAAUGCACCAACUCGACCAAUUUCAACUCGGCUAACCAUCAAUAUGACUCAGGCAGACUUUUUUUUGACUUAAUAGUACUUAAAAAUUAUAAACAAAAGUAUCUUAAUUUCAAUUUUGGUCUUGUUCAGCAUGUAUCUAUGCCGUGAAACAAGUCAGAUUUCCAUCUGAUAAAUGUUAUGUUUAAGCACGGAGAAUUGCAAGGUGAAUUGGAACUAAUGAGGUUGCUCACUUGAUUCAAGAGGCAACACCAGGGGGGCGUGA